AUAAUCAACAUAAAAUUACAUAAAUAGUACACAAAAUUUCCAAUCAAUCCAGUGGUCAAAUCAUUUAAGAACAAAAAACCCAUCAAAACCAUAUAACUGGAAAAAUGCAUCUCGAUUAUAAGCCUUCCAAACUCUUGUAAUCCUUAUCCGGGGGCUCACGCCUAAUAAUAAUAUACCAACCAAAGAAAAAAAAUGAUACUAUCUUUUAUCUUCCAACAGUAGUUCGAAUGGGUUCUCUUGGAAACCAAAAAGGAUGCAACCGGGUGAAAAAUACCAAAAGAAAUGGAGAGAGCAAAACUGGAGCACCACCGGAGAAAUGGAGAGAGGACCGUCGGAGUGUUCCUCUUCGUCAAACUUGGCUUACUCGUUGGAGAAGAUAGGGGGCUGCGACUGGAUGGUAAACGAUGAGCACAAGGGAUUUGAGAGAGAGAUCUGA